GAGUCCAAUAUCAGAGGUGAGCAUAUAAAGUGCACAGAGCUGGACCAAGCUGUAGUUAUGUACAGGGGUGGACUGACAACUCAUGGGGCCCCCGGGCAAUAGGGGAUCAUGGGGCGCCUGUGUCUUUGCCCAAACUCAAAAAAGUCUAUGAAAAAGGUACCAGGGGCAUCUCAUGGGGCCCCCUACUCACCCGGGCCCUCGGGCAGUGCCCGAGUUUCCAAAUGGUCAGUCCGCCCCUGGUUAUGUAACACUUGCAGGCUUUGUGCAUCCCUCAACCUGUGUUUGGAUAGUUAC